AUGAGCUCUAUGACACCGAAAGUUGUACUUUUUGAAAUGGCUAUAGAAGAAGACCAAUUGAAAGUAAAUGAAACUGACGAUGAGGAGCACAAAAAGCUUGUAACAAUGGUUAAUGAGUUGUCACACUCCAUCUCUGGGGUCAAGUUAGAAAUGGAAUAUGUUUCUGUUAGGACUCAAGUACACUGGGAAAUUAAUAAGAAUACCAAUUUUCGCGUGGUCGUUUGGGCUGCGUUCGAAGCAUUUCUAAUCAUAGCCAUGAGUAUCGGCCAAGUUUUCUAUCUCAAACGUUUCUUUGAAGUUCGGAGAUUAGUUUAA